AGGCUGAAAGCUGGAGCAACAGGAAACAAAAACAGAAGAGCUUCUCCGCGUUACUAAAAACCUGAUCUGAGAAAUGACAACAAAACAUGAAUCCGGAGCAUGAGACGAUUUUUUUAAACUUCCUAAAAGAACAACUUCAUCACUAAAGGAAUGUUUUCUUUUAUUACAUCGUUUCUACCGACUUCCUACUUCCUUCCAGGGUGGCUGACCUUAGAUGCAAAUCCGCUUGAUGGUUUACUUCAAGGGCUGGUGGGUGCAUGUGGGAUUUCUGUGUUGUGCUCCCUGCUGAGAGUGCACUUACUGUUAGAGGAGAGCUCAAGAGAAAAAAAUGAAAACGGCACAUCAAGCAGUGGUCAAAGGAGGCCUGCGAAUGGGGUUGCUGGGUUGCUCCAGUUUUUCUUUGUGACCGGGAUACUGGCUGUAGUGGGGUCUCGUGUGGCGUCGCUGGUGGUGCUAGAAUUUUGUCUUCGAGCCGUCUCUGGACUGGUUACAGCUGGACCGGACUCCAGGAAAUUUCUGCAGCAGCUGUUAGUUCAGAGCCAGUUCUCUCUGGGCUGUGCGCUCAGCUGUAGUCUGAACUUCCUCCACGAGGGGGCGCCCCAGCGCUGGCUGUGUCUGCUCCUGGCUGCAGCCCUCAGCUGGUUCCUGGCGAGGCAGGCAGCGGCCCUCCUGCGUCACGUCACGGCUCUGUACAAGCUGCACAGCUCACACAACUACUGCGGCAUCUGCAUCAGCCUCCUCACGUCAGGAUGGUACCUGCUGCCAGUGCUCUGCAGGACCAUGACCAUCACGUUCUCUGUGGCCGUGCUGGCCGGCGUGUCGAUCAUUAACCAGCAGUUCCUCUCUGCCACAGAGGCUCUAAGGUUUUGGACCCCACUGACUAUCUGCUACACGCUGCUGGUGGUUUACAUGCAGGAGGAGCAGCAUCGUCUGCCCAGCAGCCAGGCUGUCAUCAAUGCAGUUGUGGUGCGUCUCGGGGGCCUGAUGGUCCUGAUGCUGACUGUGGGACGCUGGGCCGACGUGUUCCACAUCCUAAUGUGUUUCCUGGGCGAGGCCAGCUGUCUGUUCCCAGCCAAUGACCUGCUGGAUGCAGCAUCCUCACAGGAUGAAGAGGAUUAUACACACUACGCAAGGAGAGACCGUCGACAGAAACCCAGGACACACCAGAAGGAGCAUCAAAGAUAGCGCUACAAUUCAAAAUCAAAACAUGAAAAUAUUAUUUUCCAAACAUGAUCAACAGUCAUCCUUUCUGGAAUAGAAGUAAUGUUUGCAUUACUCUGUAUUGGUUCCAUUAAAAAAAAUAACCUCAUUAAUUUUCAAUUUAUCGACAAUAAAGUUUUGCAAUUUUGUUUUCAUAAAAACUAAUAGAAAAAGCAUUUUACCCUGAUUUUCUUUGUGCAGCAAAUACUAUAUGUAUUUUAUAAGUCUGUAUUUAUAUUUGCUAGUGUCAGUAUUGUUAAAAUAAAAAGCAGUUCUGUUUCUAAUCAAUGUUUCAGAAAACACCUCUCAAAUUUCAAAAUGAAAUACGUUACGCCAUUUUUGGAAACACUUCAGUCAUGACUCAGUUCAAUUGAGACAAGUGUAAAACUAAAGCAACUUGUUACAUGACUGCAUUUAUUACGAAACUGAAAAAAAAAAUACAUAGAAAGCAAUAAAACUAGCUAGUUUACCACACAAGUGAAAAACAAAACAAAUUUCAUUUUUGUAAAUUCAUGCAGUUAAUAGCUACUAAACAACUUCAGCAGAGGAUACAUUUUCAUAUACUGCCUGGUCAAAAACAAAAAGAACUAAUAUUUCAUGUACUGGUUAGGGCCAUUAUUUUUGAUCAUGGCAUAUAUCUGCUGUGGCAUCUUUUCCACACGCUUCUGCAAUAUCCCAAAUGUUGAAUUUGUUUUUCGCCAAGAUCCUGUAUUAACGUGGAGUCAGACCACUUUGCAAAGUCUCGUCCAGUACAUCCCAAAGACUCUCAACUGGGUUUAGAUCUGGUGGCCGAUCCAUGGGUGUAAAUGAGGUCUUAUGCUCCCUGAACAUCUUUUUCUUGAUUUGAGACCAAUAAAUCCUGACAUUUUCACCCUGAAACAAGCCUUUGCAAAUAUCCACAGAAUGAUGGAAUAUCUGUCAUUUACUGUGCUCAGGUAGUUGCUCUUUGGGCAUAUGACGUUGCAGAAUCAAGAGCAGACCUGCAAUCCCAGGCUUUUAUGGUAGACUAGACAUUUUGUCCCAAUACCUUUAGUUCCCUUUGCAUUUUAUGUGAGGAAAUGCUCUUAUUUUCAUUAUUAAACAUUGCCAUGAGUACUGUUGUCUUUCUACAAUCUGAUUUCACCAAACGUUUAACCGAUCACCGUCAUUCAAGGUUUUUUUUCGACCACAUUUCUUCCUGGAUGAUGAUGUUUCCCCACCAUCAAAAA